UGAGCAUUUAGCUAAGCCAAAAUUACCACAUGAUGUCGCUCGAGACCAUGGAUGUGAAUGUAUCUAAAACUCCUCCUCUGUGCAUGAGAAAAUCCAAUCGUCAUCAGCCACAUACACAUUGUUGUGCUGGGGCGAGAAGGGAAGGACUCAAAACGGACGAAUGCAAUUUUUGAUGGAAGGAUCUACAUUGUGGAUGUAAAAGCUAUUGGAUUAAUCUCUAAUUUCUGCAUCAACGAUGUAUGUCCGACUACAAAAGGAAUACGCGUGGAUUCAUGUGGUUGCACUGCUUUGUCUCGCAGACUGCUCUGCUUCGCAGUUAUCUUACUCCAUUUCCGAGGAGGCGAACAAAGGCACAGUAGUGGGGAACAUCGCGAAAGAUUUAAACAUCAAUCUUCAGGAUCUAGAGACACGAGAUCUGAGGGUCGUUUCGAGUUACAGUAAGAAAUAUUUUGACGUGAAUUUGCGGACCGGAAACCUCUUUGUUAACGAGAGAAUAGACAGAGAGGAGCUUUGUCCUAAUGCCGUAAAAUGUCCCAUCAAAUUACAAGCUGCUUUAAAUAACCCAAUGAAUGCGCAUCGCAUUGAAGUCAAUAUUCUUGAUGUAAAUGACAAUUCGCCUUCUUUUACUGAACAAACGCAUUUAUUUAACAUAUCUGAAUCACUUUCACCCGGAGAGCGAUAUCUUCUACCAGAAGCAAUCGAUGCAGACAUUGGAAGUAACACAGUAAAGUCUUAUAAGCUGAGCAAUAAUGAACAUUUCUCUCUUGACGUUCAAAGCGGUGGAGAACACGGAGUGUCUGCUGAGUUGGUGUUGCAGAAAGCUAUAGACCGAGAGAAGGAGCCGUUGAUUAAACUAGUUUUGACGGCUGUAGAUGGAGGUAAACCACCAAGAUCAGGGACUUUACAGUUAAUUGUUAAUGUUAUGGAUGUUAAUGACAAUACACCUACUUUUAGUAAAUCGCUUUACAAAGUGCAUGUCAAAGAAAAUGCGACUCCUGGGUCACGUGUUAUUAAGUUAAAUGCAACUGACUUAGACGAGGGCAUGAACAGUAAGAUCCUGUAUUCAUUUAUCAAACGUGGAAAUAUUGAUCUAUCAAAUAUGUUUGAUCUAAAUUCAGAAACUGGAUAUAUUACUGUUAACGGUGCGUUAGAUUAUGAAGAGACACCUGCUUAUGAAGUCAGAGUUCAGGCAAAGGACCAAGGCACCUCACCGCGUACUGCAUAUGCUAAAUUAUUAAUCGAGAUAAUUGAUGUGAAUGACAAUGCCCCAGAAAUGUCAGUGACGUCACUAAUGACGCCCGUAAAAGAAGAUGCUGAACUGGGGACAAUAGUUGCUUUUAUAACAGUGACUGAUAAAGAUGGAGGAAACAAUGGUGUAGCUAACUGUAAGGUAGAGGGCUCUGUUCCCUUUAAACUCAAGUCCAACUACAAAAAUGAUUAUUCAUUAGUAGUAGAUGGACCAUUGGACAGAGAAAACACUUUUCUUUACAAUGUCAUCAUCACAGCUACAGAUGAAGGAAAUCCACCUCUGUCCAGCAACAGGGUCAUUACUGUUCAUGUUUCUGAUGUCAAUGACAACGCACCUCGUUUCACGGAGUCUGUGUUUAAUGUUUAUGUAAAAGAAAACAGUCCAACAGGAUCAGUAAUUCAUACAAUAAUUGCAUUUGAUCCUGAUUUAGACGAUAAUGCAAAGCUCACAUACACGUUAGUGGAUACUUCCCCCAAAAAUAUUCCAAUUCCAUCUGUUGUAAACAUAAACUCAGAGACUGGAGAUAUAAUCAGUCUACAGUCUUUUAACUUUGAGGAGUUAAAAACGUUUCAGUUCAAAGUUCAGGCCACAGACUCUGGUGUUCCUCCGCUCAGUAGCAACGUGACAGUGAACGUUUUUAUCCUGGAUGAAAAUGACAACAGCCCCGUGGUUCUUGCGCCCUAUUCUGAGCACGGCUCCGUUAACAGUGAGAGCAUCCCCUAUAAUGUUGAAGCGGGACACAUUGUGGCAAAGAUCAGGGCUGUAGACGCAGACUCUGGAUACAACGCGCUGCUUUCUUAUCAUCUAUCUGAGCCCAAAGGAAACAACCUCUUCCGGAUCGGAACCAGCACCGGGGAAAUCAAGACUAAGAGGAGAAUGAGUGACAAUGACCUGAAAUCUCACCCCUUGGUGGUGCUGGUUUCUGAUCACGGAGAACCCUCCCUGUCAGCUACUGUGUCUAUAGAGGUGAUGGUGGUUGAAAACUCAGCUGACAUCCAGACUCAGUUCAGACAUGUGCCCAUAAAGGACGAGAGCUUCACUUCACUAAACCUGUAUCUGCUGAUCGCCAUUGUGUCGGUGUCAGCCAUCUUUCUGCUCAGCCUCAUCAGUUUAAUAGCUGUCAAAUGCCACAGGACAGACAGCAGUUUCAGCAGGUACAGCGCCCCCAUGAUCACCACCCACCCUGACGGGAGCUGGUCUUACUCUAAAGCUACACAGCAGUAUGACGUCUGUUUCAGCUCAGACACGCUCAAGAGUGACGUAGUGGUUUUCCCCGCACCGUAUCCACCUGUAGAUGCGGAGCUGAUCAGUAUUAACGGAGGAGACACGUUUACCAGGACUCAGACUUUACCUAAUACAGAGAAGUUAUCUUACUCCAUUUCCGAGGAGGUGAACAAAGGCACAGUAGUGGGGAACAUCGCGAAAGAUUUAAACAUCAACGUGCAGGAUCUAGAGACACGAGAUCUGAGGGUCGUUUCGAGUUACAGUAAGAAAUAUUUUGACGUGAAUUUGCGGACCGGAAACCUCUUUGUUAACGAGAGAAUAGACAGAGAAGAGCUUUGUCCUAAUGCCGUAAAAUGCCCCGUUAAUUUACAAGCUGCUUUAAAUAACCCAAUGAAUGCGCAUCGCAUUGAAGUCAAUAUUCUUGACGUAAAUGAUAAUUCGCCUUCUUUUAUUGAACAAACACAUUUACUUAACAUAUCUGAAUUGCUUUCAUCCGGAGAGCGAUAUCUUCUCCCAGUAGCAGUCGAUGCAGACAUUGGAAGUAACACAGUAAAGUCUUAUAAGCUGAGCAAUAAUGAACAUUUCUCUCUUGAUGUACAAAGCGGUGGAGAACACGGUGUGUCACCCGAGUUAGUGUUGCAGAAAGCUUUAGAUCGAGAGAAAGAGCCGGUGAUUAAACUCGUUCUCACGGCUGUAGAUGGAGGUAAACCGCCAAGAUCAGGUACUUUACAGUUAAUAGUUAAUGUGAUUGAUGCUAACGACAAUCCACCUACUUUCAGCAAAUCGCUUUACAAAGUUCGUGUCAAAGAAAAUGCGACUUCUGGUUCACUUGUAAUUAAGCUAAAUGCAACCGAUUUAGACGAGGGCAUGAACAGUAAGAUCCUGUAUUCAUUUUUCAAACGUGGAAAUAUUGAUCUAUCAAAUAUUUUUUUUCUAAAUUCAGAAACUGGGGAAAUGACUGUUAAGGGGACGUUAGAUUAUGAGGAGACGCCUGCUUAUGAGGUCAGAGUUCAGGCAAUGGACCAAGGCACCUCACCACGUACUGCAUAUACUAAAUUAUUGAUCGAAAUCAUUGAUGUGAAUGACAAUGCCCCAGAAUUAUCAGUGACGUCACUGAUGACGCCCGUAAAAGAAGAUGCUGAACUGGGGACAAUAGUUGCUUUUAUAACAGUGACUGAUAAAGAUGGAGGAAACAAUGGUGUAGCUCACUGUAAGGUAGAGGGCUCUGUUCCCUUUAAACUCAAGUCCAACUACAAAAAUGAUUAUUCAUUAGUAGUAGAUGGACCAUUGGACAGAGAAAACAAUUAUCUGUUCAAUGUCACCAUUACAGCUACAGAUGAAGGAAGUCCACCUCUGUCCAGCAACAGGGUCAUUAAUGUUCAUGUUUCUGAUGUCAAUGACAACGCACCUCAUUUCACGGAGUCUGUGAUUAACGUUUCUGUGAAAGAAAACAGUCCAACAGGAUCAGUCAUUUAUACAAUAAAUGCGUUUGAUCCUGAUUUAGACGAUAAUGCAAAGAUCAGGUAUACGUUAAUAGAUACUUCCCCCAAAACUAUUCCAAUGUCAUCUGUUGUAAACAUAAACUCAGAGACUGGAGAUAUAAUCGGUUUACAGUCUUUUAAUUUCGAAGAGUUAAAAACGUUUCAGUUCAAAGUUCAGGCCACAGACUCUGGUGUUCCUCCGCUCAGCAGCAACGUGACAGUGAACCUUUUUAUUCUGGAUGAAAAUGACAACAGCCCCGUGGUUCUUGCGCCCUAUUCUGAGCACGCCUCCGUUAACAGUGAGAGCAUCCCCUAUAAUGUUGAAGCGGGACACAUUGUGGCAAAAAUCAGGGCUGUAGACGCAGACUCUGGAUACAACGCGCUGCUUUCGUAUCAACUCUCUGAACCCAAAGGAAACAACCUUUUCCGGAUCGGAACCAGCACCGGGGAAAUCAAGACUAAGAGGAGAAUGAGUGACAAUGACCUGAAAACUCACCCCUUGGUGGUGCUGGUUUCUGAUCACGGAGAACCCUCCCUGUCAGCUACUGUGUCUAUAGAGGUGAUGGUGGUUGAAAGCUCAGCUGACAUCCAGACUCAGUUCAGACAUGUGCCCAUAAAGGACGAGAGCUUCACUUCACUAAACCUGUAUCUGCUGAUCGCCAUUGUGUCGGUGUCAGCCAUAUUUCUGCUCAGCCUCAUCAGUUUAAUAGCUGUCAAAUGCCACAGGACAGACAGCAGUUUCAGCAGGUACAGCGCCCCCAUGAUCACCACCCACCCGGACGGGAGCUGGUCUUACUCUAAAGCUACUCAGCAGUAUGACGUCUGUUUCAGUUCAGACACGCUCAAGAGUGACGUAGUGGUUUUCCCCGCACCAUAUCCACCUGUAGAUGCGGAGCUGAUCAGUAUUAACGGAAGUGACACGUUUACCAGGACCCAGACUUUACCUAAUACAGAGAAGCCCAAGGCGCCAAAUGCAGACUGGAGAUAUUCAGCCUCCCUGAGAGCAGGAGGAGUAAUGCAAAGCUCAGUGCACAUGGAGGAGUCUUCAGUAAUGCAAGGAGCCCAGGGUGUCCUGGUUCAGAACUGGCCUACUGUAUCCAGUGCUGCUGAUGGUGAGGGAGGAGAAGUGUCCCCUCCAAUGGGUGCUGGUGUAGACAGCAACAGUUGGCACUUUCGCUAUGGCCCUGGUGGACCUGGUGCGCCCCCACAACACCUUAAGCCCGGCGAGGUUCCCCCAGAAGCCUUCAUCAUCCCUGGCUCCCCGGCCAUAAUAUCCAUCAGACAGAACCAAGGAGGAGAGGACGACAAGAGUGACUUCAUCACCUUUGGAAAGAAAGAGGAGGCCAAGAAGAAGAAAAAGAAGAAGAAGGAGAAGGAGAAGAAAGACAAGAAGGAUAAGGGAAAGGAUGAUGGAGAUGAGUAGAGAAGCAGGAGGAGAAAAUAGCAAAGAAGAAAUGGGUGCUGUUAAAACAGAGGUACCAACCAAAGUCCACUGGGCAAAAAGAAAAUGUGCAAACAAUAAAAGAUAUAUAAAUUUAAUUUUAUUACCUAAUUCCACUGAUAGCAUUCUAAGCGCCUACUGUUAUGAACCUGGCCUUAUCAAGAAUUACUUUACCUUCUGAGGUAAGUUGUUGAUCUUGACUUGAUAAACAAUAAAAUUAUUGAUUUUGCUCCACCCCCUACGUGCCUAUACACGUUGAGUCAACUCCGGUCCAUCCUUUCUAGUCAGGAUGGACCACACUUUUACCCUUGAUUUUUUUGUCUCCUGUAACCCACUAGGCAUGUUGGCACCUCUGUCUUACCCCCUCCCCAACUAUGAUGUGUAAACCAUUCUCUCAGAGAAGAGACAAAUACUUUGUACAAGAACAACUAAAAGCUCUGUGCCAGCCUAGGAAAAGAAGAAUGACGCAGAAGAUGAGACAGAUCUAUGUGAUCUGGAGCUGGACACAAACACACACUACUUGUAAAUAGCACAGAUGAGAAUCGCUGAAACUAAGGCUAACAUGACACUGCUGCAGAUUCCUCUGGUAAUUACCAACAGUGUUUCCUAAGAUCGCAAUGAAACCAGAUGCACACACACACACACACACGCAUGCUCACACCCAUCAGAAACAUGCAAACACAGGACCACACACACGUCAUGGCAAAGAUGACACAAGAAGCACUUGACAGAAGGAGAGAAGUACAAAAAAAAGAGAGGAACAAUUGACAUCAAAGUAAUGUGCUUAAACAAGACACUGCAAGCUUUUUGCCCUGCACAGUCACCAAUGUGGUGAACGUGUGUAAAUCAACACUCUCAGGAUGGAAGCGGCAUCCUUUGAAAUCAUUCUGUAUGCUCACUGCAUUUGACGGACACAGAGCUUCAUCUCCAGCCAGAACCCCCAACAGAAGAAUGCAGAGAGCCUGGAAAGAUGGAAAUGGGAAGUUGCCUCACAUUCUCCUGAGGGGAAGAGUCCAGCUGAGCUGGCUUGUGAGUCUGCUUGUGGUCAGUGGACUCUGAUGAAACCAAAUGCAGAAUAUUCAGAGUCUAGAGAUUUUGAUAACACCUUCUCUUCUUACCCAUCCCUGCUGCAGCAAAAGCCCAACGCUUUUUGCUUUGAAUGUUUGGUAGCAUAUAGUCCUUACCUGUUUCCUUGAGUUUACAACUGCUCACCUGCUUGUACUUGCCCCAGAUUGCCAGAAGCCAUCCUCUCCUCCCCCCAACUUUUCCCCCAUGAUCACUCACCCCACUGAUAGCCUCUUCAUCUGAUGAAGUUUGAAAUUAUGGUUUUCUUUUAUUCUAAGAUUAAUAGUUACAUACUCAUAUUUGAAUUUCUUUUUCUUUUUUUGUUAAUGCCUUUUGCGUGUCAUGCCUACCCCCAUCUACCCUACCACCCCAAUCCUCCACACUGACCCCUUGCUCAGGAUCAGUCCUGGGAAUGGCCUGCUCUGAACAUUGUGGUGUGCUGAGAACAGCAUGGAGUAAUGUGGAUGAGGCCUGGGGAAGCCCAGUCGGGGUCCUACACACCUGAGCUCUUGUCAAAUAUCUUACUAAGUGCAAAACGGUUCAGUGCUUUUAACUUGUUAAUAUGAUGUUCAUUUCCCUGUUUGUAGCCACUAAUGAGAGGGGACCAGGUGGGAUGAAGCAGGUAAUAGUGGUGGAGGACAAAAAUUAAAUGGAGAGACAGGCGCCAUUGGGCUGGCCCUCCCCCCUCCACGUGCCAGAGAAGUUCUCCACACUGAUUGUUUUAGAACAUUGAGUCACAUAUUAGCUUUUAUGUACGCUGUAAAUGUAAGCAUAAACCUGUCAAAUCUGCUACAAAUGUGGGCUUCCUGACAGCUACAUCCCACCAGUCCGCUCUCAGGAGGUUUUUGAAAAAGGGGCGCACACAUGCCUCAAGAUCUGCUUCUGUUGGUUCCCCUCUCCUGCCUGUAACUUGUUGCCAGGUCCCCCAAAGUUUUGCGGCUCAGUAUGAUGUCACUCCAUUAAGUGGCUGCUGCAUGUACUGCUCUAAGGAAACACAUACUAUAUAGAGAAAUAUAUAUAAAUAGAUAGAUGGCUAUGAUUUUAUUAUUUUGUAUUAUCAUUUCUUCUUCAUUCGCACAGGAGAUAUUUGUUUGUACUUCUGUCUCUGCCAAACAUCUACGUACUACAAUCCUCAUGCUCCACAGAUGUUGUAUGGCAUCCACUAAACCUCUUUAGAUAUUUGUAAAUGCUAUAGUGUGAUACCUUUCAGCGCAAGUUUGUCACUUUUCUUUUACCAUAUAUGAUUUUUGUUUUUGAGAAUAAGCAAGUAAGAAAAAAAAAAGAAAAAAAAAAUCAUUCUGUGUCUGGCUUUGACAUGACGAUCUAACUAAAACUGUAAUAUUGUAACUGAAAUAUGUAUGAUUCUACGAUGAGCUUUCACUUCCCUUUCACUCUUAAAAAAAAAAGAAAAAUGACUGAAAAAAAUAGUCCAGUGUAAAAAAACAGUAUAUGUAGUAUCUUCUUGUGUUUAGUGAGCAUUCAUGCUGUCAUUUUUUCCCAAUGUAUGGUGGUGAACUAUGGUGGCACUGUGCUGUCCUAAAUGGAUCAGCCCAGAUCUGUUGUUAAACCCUUUUUUGUACACCCACUCAUCAAUUGUAACAGUGAAGUAGUGGAUUUCAUUUAUUUCCUUUAUUUUCUGACUUUUUAUGAUUUUACCCAAAUGGAUACAGUGGUAAAGUGUUUUGUUUAUAAAUCACUAAUAAAGUUUUCUUUCUUAAAAACAAA